UCGCGCCGCGAAUCGUCUUCCUUAACUCGACGUCGCUCUUUUUUCGCACGGUAGUUUCCGCCCUAGAACGAAAACAAAGGAUCGGAGAAGGAGCAGAUCGAUGGCGCGUUUCCAUGUCGCCGAUGCGUCGCAGUACCUGGCCAUCACCGGCUGGGGCAUCGACGACGUGAAGCUCGCCAAGAAGGCUUUGGUGUUCGUGGGACAGGAUUGUAAGAAGUUCAGCAUCUCGCCGGUCAACUACGAGUUCGAGGUGCACGCCAUGAGCGCCGAGAAGCUCCCCUUCGUCCUCCCCGCCGUCUUCACCAUCGGCCCCAAGGUCACCCCGGCCAUCACCGACCCCCCGGCAAAAGGCAUCCAAGAGAUGGAGCAGCAGCUUCUCCUCUACGCCAAGCUCAUCGCCCCGCUGCACAAUUCGGACACAAAAGUCCACGACCUCGUCAAGGGUGUCAUCGAGGGCGAGACCCGCGUGCUCGCCGCGGAGCUCACCAUGGAGGAGAUCUUCAAGGGCACCAAGACGUUCAAGAAGCAGGUCUUCGAGAGGGUGCAGCUGGAGCUCAAUCAGUUUGGCCUCAUCAUCUACAACGCCAACGUGAAGCAGCUGGUGGACGUGCCGGGCCACGAGUACUUCUCGUACCUGGGCCAGAAGACGCAGCAGGAUGCGGCGAACCAGGCCAAGGUGGACGUGGCGGAGGCAAAGAUGAAGGGCGAGGUGGGCGCCAAGGAGAGGGACGGCCUGACGCGGCAGAACGCUGCCAAGGUGGAUGCAGAGACCAAGGUGCUGUCGGUGAGGCAGCAGGGUCAGGGGCUCAAGGAGGAAGCCAAGGUGAAAGCUGAGGUGAAGGUGUUCGAGAAUGCCAGGGAGGCCGAAGUCGCUGCGGCCAUGGCCGAUCUGAAGAUGAAGAAGGCCGGGUGGGACAAGCAGGCCAAGGUGGCCGAGGUGGAGGCGGCCAAGGCCGUCGCCAUCCGCGAGGCCGAGCUCCAGAUGGAGGUUGAGCGCAAGAACGCGCUACGCCAGACCGAGAAGCUCAAGGCCGAGCAGCUCAGCAAGGCCACCGUGCAGUACGAAACAGGGGUUCAAGACUCGAAUGCGCUGUUGUACAGCAGGCAGAAGGCGGCAGAGGCGGCGCUGUUCGAGCAGAUGAGGGCGGCGGAGGCCCGCAAGGCGCAGGCCGACGCGCAGUUCUUCGAGCAGAAGAUGUCCGAGGACGCCAAGCUGUACGCCAAGCAGAAGGAGGCCGAGUCGCUGGCGCUGGUGGGCAAGGCCAAGACGGAGUACGUGGCGUCCAUGCUCCAGGCGCUGGGCGGCAACUACCACGCGCUCAGGGACUACCUCAUGAUCGACGGCGGCAUGUACGCCGAGAUGGCCCGCAUCAACGCCGGCGCCGUCAACGGCAUGCAGCCCAAGAUCAGCAUCUGGAGCAACGGCGAGGGCGCCGGUGGAUCGGAGGCUGCCGCCGGCAACGCGCUGCAGCAGGUGGCCGGGGUGUACAAGAUGCUGCCGCCGCUUCUGUCGACGGUGCACGAGCAGACCGGCAUGCUGCCGCCGGCGUGGAUUGGGACGCUGCCCAAAGAUAAAGCCGCUGCUAACUGAUCGUCAUACCUGGAGUCUGUCAGGAGUGCCCGUUCGUUCUUAAAUUUUAAGUGUUAUUAUUAGGUUCUUUUGGUGCCAAACAUUUGUCAGGUUAUGUGUUAAUUUAGGUUGCUUUAGUACUCGCGGGUUAAAUAAAUGUUAUUACGAGUGGCGCUUUAUCGGAUUA